AUGAUCCAACUUGGACUUGGACUUAUGGGGGCGUACUGCUCCUAUUCUGGGUACGUCUACUUGAGAUCUCAAAUGGAGAUUGAGCAGAGACAACAGAUCUACCAGAGUUUGUUAACACAAGGACUCCUCGAUCAAAAGGUGAGGCUACUUGAUCCUCGGUUUCGAAGCCUACGUAUAUUAGGAAGGUACGAGAAUCCGUUUCCCGAGUAUCGUCCUCAAACGUUGUUUGAGUUUUUCAUUAUGAGAUUUAUAGAGCUUACUCAUUAUGGACGUCGAGGAGGUUUGCCUGUUGACCCGAAGAGUCUUAAAAAGACUCUUCCUUCGGCGUAUCCUGACUUAGACUUGAUUUUAGCAUCCAGACGUGGCGAGGAAUCUGUAAAGGGCCAUCCAGCGUUGCCUCCUUUGCAUAAUAGGAUGUCAUAUACCUGGCUUGGCCAGAGCUGCGGUCUAUUGCAGAUAUCUUCACUAUCAUUUUUACUGGAUCCGAUGUUCCAGGAUCACCUUGUUAACAAAUAUUUUGGUCCGCAGAGGUAUGUUUCUGCUCCAAUUGGCUUGAACACCCUCAUGGAAAAGACAGACGGUGCUCCUGAGUUUGUAUUGGUGUCACACGACCACCCGGAUCAUUUAGAUCCUGAUGCUAUCUCUUUGAUAGGAAAUAGUAGUCAAUGGAUUGUUCCCAUUGGUUUAGGAAAGUAUCUGAAGGACAGGGGAGUCAGCAAUGUGAUUGAAAUGGACUGGUGGGAUAGACUUCCACUAACAUUCGAGAAGAGUUCGGAUCGUGUCACUUCUCACUAUGAAGUUGUUUGUCUACCGUCGAUGCACUGGGGAGGUCGCACAUUAAUGGACUCAAACUCACGGCUCUGGUGUUCCUUCAUGGUGUUAAGAGAUGGGAAAGCGCUAUUCUACCAUGGUGGAGAUACUGGUUAUACAAGUGAGCUCUUCAGGAAACUAGGAACAGAAUUCGGUCCUGUAAAAUUUGCUGCUCUUCCCAUUGGCCAGUACAGCCCCCAAUGGCAUCAACGACCUCGCCAUGUUUCUCCAAGCGAGAGUGUUCAAAUAAUGAAAGAUCUUCAGUGCCACAAAAUGGUCGGAGUUCAUUGGGGAACAUUCGUACUUAGUUCAGAGAAUUAUCUCGAACCGGCAAGACAAUUGAGGAUGCUUGCAAGAAAGGACAAUAGACCAAACAGUAUAAUAGUUCCACAGUGUGGAAGAACCGUUGUGAUGGAUACUGCAAAGAUGGAUUUUGAUCACGAUGAGAAGGCGGCUAAAGAGGGGGAAUCAGUGGUGUAUCAAUAA